AUGGCAGGCCAACAACAGCAAAUCCUCGAUACCAUCUUCAAUAUGAAGAGGAAGAUGUUGCGUAAAGACGAUUCGGACACAGAGGAUUCCGAAACCGCCCUCGGCAGCAAUAAGCAGGACUUACGGCGCAAAGUCCACUAUGCGCGCGCAAGCGAUCCCGACUUUCUCGCAGACCCGCGUCCUUACAAGAAGCGCAUCGAGCACGCCGGUUAUCACAGAUAUAUUUUGCAGCGCAACCCUCCGCGAUACGAUGCCGAUGGUGACGUUGUCGAAGUUGACGACGAAUACGAAGACGAGGAUGACGUGGAGCCAGUAGAAGAGAACCCGUAUGGAAAUAUACAUCUGGAGAACCUUCUUGCACCAUUGACCUCCGCCGCCGACCUACCAAACCAUCCCGCCUUGAGCGUUGCAUAUACCUCCAGACAUCUCUCCGAUCUUGCCAACGAGGCCGGGGCUCUUUCACGAAAAGAGCAGAUCACGAAUGCACGAGCCAAGAACCUUUUUGUGAAGCUGCAGGGGGAUUCUAUGUUCGCCCCUGCUGCCCUGGCAGCGAUGAGCGAUACGCCAUUUCGGCUGUCACACUCAAAAAUCCCAAGUCGGCGUUUUGAAGAGGGCGAAGACCAGCGCACACACGACACUGAAAUGCAGGAGGCGGCGGAUGGUGCGCAAGACGUGAAUAUGAAGGACGUUGCGCAGCCCAAUGGAACCGACCGAGCGAAUAAUAUCAAUGGCGGUGCUGGACCCGAGGCAGUCAAUGGUGCCGCCCCUGUGACGAAUGGAAUACAUACCAGCGAUGCAGAUGAACCGCAAAAGAAUGGACAGGGGGAUCAUUCUCCUAUGGGCGAAGAUGUGUCUGACACAGCAUCGCAGCAAACACAUAGGAUGACGACACGCACGCGAGCUCGAGCACACGCAGCUUCGACGCCUUCUCCUCCUCACUCACCAUCAAGCGAUGUCAACGCGAUACACCCCCUAUUCAUACACCCCAUCGAGUCGUUGCCAGAUCGCGACUUUGGUCUUCCGCCAAAUGAAGCAGAGGAGACGCGCAUGCUUCUGAUGGCAUACGUACAGAAACAAGAGGAAGUCGCACGGAUCACAGCUGACCUCUAUCACGGCUUGCUGGAAGCGGACCGCAUGAGGCACGAUGUUUUCAAGUGGUCGAAAGCAGAAGGCCAUGUAGGGGAGAUGAGCGAUGGCGAGGAUUGGUAUGACAACGAAGAAUGGGGCCUCGAACAGGAUUUGGCCAAGGGCCGUGAUGAAGAGGAGGACGAAACCGCGGUUGCUGGCAAGAAGAGCACAAGACAACGGCGAAAGCCCGACAAAGACGAUAGCUCCAUGAACGUGCUGUUGUCACGACUUGCAGAUGCUACCGGUCUUUCAAGAUCAACAAAUGCGCAACGAAUCUGUCCAGCAUGUAGCGCGCCGCUACCUAACCCAGAUGAUGUAGUCAUUGCAGGUCUCAAUCCAUCAGAAGACUACAAGACUUCAGUAUUGAGUGGCCUUAGCCCGACAAUCAUCAUGGAGUGUGCAAGUCGUGGUUUGGCCUUUCAUAGUUACCAGACAUCACAAGAGAUCAUCUACCAAGAGCACCUCGCAAAGGGCCUCACUGAAAAAUAUAACACAUUGAGCCAACAGAUGGAUCAGUUGAUUCACGAUGCCAACGCACAGAUCAAGGCACUCCAGGGCAAGAUACAAGCUAUGCAAGCAGACCUCGUAGAGCUCGAGACCAAGAAUCAUGGAUUUGCGGAAGCCUUCAAAGAAAAGACCAAAGCGCACCAGAGGACACAGAAUCUCUACCAAGCACUCAAAGCCCAAGUCAUGGCUUCGCAUGUAGCCCAUGCUGCCGGCGAUGAGGCAGAGUUCGCGUUAAAGUCAGCACGAGGAGAUCGCUUCAUCGACCGCAUGCCAGGUGCCCGGUCUGGCACUGCGAAUUUUAGCCAAACAGGCCCCUCACAACAGACAGGCGACAGACUGCAUAAAAGGAUCAUCAGUAGAAGCUCUGGUAGCAGUGGGCGACAACAGCAAGGCAGCAUUCACGUUGGUCCUCCUUUCGAUUCACAGCUGCAUGGACGCGGUCUCGGCAGCAGAGUUCACAGUGGUCCUCGGAGAAGUCGCCUUCCGGUCCUCGGUGGAACACGUCAGAACCCAUAUCUAAAUCAAGAACCAACGUCUUCUUUUCAAAACUCACCAAUCAUUCGACAGCCAGUGGCUGGUGGAUUUUCGCACAGCGGCAAGCCAUCAAGGAGGACUGGUAAUUUCGCCAAUACUGGCCCGCUGGGACCUUGA